CCAGAAUCCGGAAGCUCCCACCCGCGCGCGCUUCCAAUCCCUCCACCACCAACCCGAGAUAAUCCACCGGCGCACCAUGCUGCCGAUGUCCACCGCUGCCGCCGCCGCGGGCGUGUCCUCCAUUCUCCAUACGACGCCCUCUCCGGCUCUCUCCUUCCUCAAAACGCUCCCACAAAUCAGGCGCUCAGCGGGCGCCGCUUCGCGACUCGUCGUCGCGCGGGCCGCCGCCUCGGGCGCGCGCGGUGGCGGCGAAGGCGGCGCCGAGACGGUGUUCUUCGACGGCGGAGCCCACUACGGCGACCUCGCGGCGAACCUGCUCCUGGGGCUGACCCUGCUGUGGCUGCCGCUGACGCUGGCGGCCGUGUCCCGCGCGUUCAUCCUGCGGUACCGCUUCACCUCCAGCCGCGUGACUGUCGUCUCCGGGCUGUCCGGCGCCGACCGCACCGACUUCCCUUACUCCUCCGUGACGUCCGUGGUCGUCGUGCCGCGGUUCAUCGGCGAGUGGGGCGACAUCAUCAUCACCCUCAAGGACGGCACCAAGGUCGACCUCAGGAGCGUACCCAGGUUCCGCGAGGUCGCCGACUACUGCCGCAGCAUGGCCGCCGCGGAGGGCUCCCUCGCCAGCCAGUGAGCGGUGAGGUGAGGGCAACGAGGCUGUUCAGAAUCGGAGGGGAUUUCCAAUGUCUUCUGCUUUGUUCUUGUCUAUCUGCAAUGCAAAUGUAUCGUCAUCUCGAGUACGAAAAAGUAAUGCUUGAUGGUUCCUUCGAGUUGCAUA